AUGAUAAAUGAGAAAGUACUCAAUGGAAAUUCAGACUGUUGUCUAUCUCAGAAAUCCUCAGCAUCCGAAGAACAAGUUCAAAAUAAAAAUCCAUUUCAAUCACUUGAAACUACAAACGUUAAACACCCAUUGGCAGGAUUAAAUUAUUUGUCAUUUCUGCGAUCGAUACUAUUCGACUAUACUUAUCGCGAUGCAAUGAAUCCUCUAUCGACAAACUCAUCUAACUUGUUGGAUGAACCGAUCGUUCUUAGACUCAAUAUUCCUAUUGAAAUGAUUGUCCGAAGUAUACCUCAACAAAUAUCAUCAUCUCAAGAUCAAUAUAAUCGUCGAUGUUCGUGUCCAACACAAAUAGCAUCAGAAAUGAUCUCAAAACCACCUAUAUCUUUUAUGCGUAGAGCACAAGAAAUAUUUUUCGGUAAUAAUAUGAAGAACGAUCGGGAAGAUAUUGCGUCGAAAUCAUAUAUAGUACCGAAUAAUAUGCCAACUUUUAAUUCUCAUUUGAUAAACGAAACGAAUAGAUCGGCGAUCACACAACAACAACAACAAGCAAAGGUCUAUCAGAAACCAUCUCAAAUAACAUCAUGUUCUAGACGAUGUGAAUGUCAUUAA